CCCAUGAUCCUCUCUUGUCUUUUCUCUCAGAUAAAACUCAGCUGUGAUGUUGUUGAUGCAGCAGCCGCGGUGGGUUCCUCUCCUCUUCCUCCUCACUCCUCGGUUCCUCUCCUCUUCCUCCUCCUCCUCCUCCUCCUCAGAUCCCUCCUGGAGGAUCUAAGUGGUCUCUGCUGAAGGAUGCUCAGUUCUUCUCCACACGGUCAGGAAUAUCUCCACCGCCUGUUGGUGUCCUGUUUUUCUUCUGCGAUCCCAGCACUGUUCCCCUGAGGGGAACCAGAAGAGAUGACCCAUCUGGUUCUGGUUCUGUUGGACUCCAGCCCCUGAUCCAGACUUGGACUUCUCUGAAGCUGCUCCUGUGGUCCUGUGUGACUCAGAGACAGAUGUGGGCGUGGCCACAGGAACGCUGAGUCGUGAGUGCGGAGCUCACAGGCCUCACUCCAGCGGCGACACAAGGCGACAUGACCCAGGAACAGUGCUCUCACAGAAACCAUGUGCAGAGUCCAGACAAAGCUCAGGUGUAUAAAGUUGGAAUCUACGGCUGGAGGAAACGCUGUCUGUACUUCUUCGUCCUGUUACUGAUGAUCCUCAUUCUCAUAAACCUGGCGCUGACCAUCUGGAUCCUGAAGGUCAUGAACUUCACCAUCGAUGGAAUGGGAACCCUGAGAAUCACAGAGAAAGGCCUGAAACUGGAGGGAGAUUCUGAGUUUCUGCAGCCGCUGUACGCUAAAGAGAUCCAGUCUAAACCAGGUCGUCCUCUGUUCCUGCAGUCUUCCAGAAACGUGUCAGUCAACAUCUUAGGCAGCAACAACCAGCUGCUCACACAGCUCGUCACAGGAUCAAGUGGAUUUAAAGCUCAGGGGAAGAUGUUUGAGGUCAAAUCGUCCUCGGGGAAGCUGCUGUUCUCUGCUGACGAGCAGGAAGUGGUCGUCGGUGCAGAGAAGCUGCGAGUGGUGGGAGCCGAAGGAGCUGUUUUCAGUAAAUCACUGGAGACGCCGCACGUCAGAGCCGAACCUUUCAAAGAGCUGCGGCUGGAGUCUCCGACUCGCUCUCUGCUCAUGGACGCUCCUAAAGGCGUUCAGAUUCUGGCCGAGGCUGGAGAUAUUCAGGCGAUCUGCAGGAACGAGCUGAGACUGGAGUCUAAAGACGGAGAGAUUUCUCUGGACGCUCGCAGGAUUCGUCUCAUGCGUUUGCCGGAGGGAAAAGCGUCCACCAGCUCUUCGUCCUCUGGAACCAGACAAACUGUCUAUGAAGUGUGUGUUUGUCCAAAUGGGAGACUCUUCCUGUCGCAGGCCGGAACCGGAUCCACCUGCCAGAUCAGCAACAGCGUCUGCCUCUAGAACUGGACCUGGACCUGGACCGAUCAAUAAAUCCAUGAAAACAGAGACGAUCAGCAACGUCUGAACCUCGAGAACUGAAACUGAAAAAAGAUCAAUAACAAAAAACAGAGACGAUGAAGAAACGAUGAGGAGAUGAUCAUGUGACACACACACACACACAUGCACACUUUGUGCUAAUAUUUAAAUUUCAAAGCUAAAAAUAUUUUAUUCACUAUAAUUUUCUACUGAGGAAAAAAGAGACUUUGAGAAAAGCAUCAUGGGACAUUGACACACACACACAGACUGACAUGCACACACACACACCACUGAGGUGAUCACCUGAUCAAGCCCCGCCCACACACUCUUAUUAUUAUUAUUAUUGUUGUCAUUAUUAUUAUUAAUAAUAAUAAUAAUAAUAAUAAUAAUAAUGAUAAUAAUGAUAAUAAUAGCGUUGAUGCUAAUGGGGAUGAUGUCAUGUUCACGUCACAUUUCAUCAGAAGUUUGCGUUUAUCACAGUUUUUUUUCCAUCACUUAAGAUUACGAUGUAUUUGACGAUGUUUUUCUCUCUGCGAUGAAGUGGUGAUGUUGAUUGUAAAGAGACGUUAAAAAAAGCUAAGCUAAACACUCGCUCUGAGCUGCUACUAAGCUAACUAGGCUAAGCUAACUACACUUUUGGAAUGAAUGCUAAGCUAACUUUCUUCUUUUGUAACUAAUGCUUAGCUAGCUCUCCCGGAAGUAGUGCUAAGCUAAGUGUGCUGAGCUAACUACAUUCAUGGUAAUUCAUGCAUCAGUGACACAAGAACAUGUUCAGAUGUUUGCAGGUCGUCCAACAUCCUGGUUCUUUCCCUGCCCCGCCCUCUUUUUGUUUAACGCAAAUUUAUUAGAAAACAAACAUUUCAUCUCGUUUUCCCACCUUCUGAUAUCCCACAAUGCUUUGGGAACAACGAACAUGAACAACAUGAGCGACGUGAACAUGAACAAUGCGAGCGACGUGAACGUGAGCGACGUGAGCAUGAAAGUGAGCGUGAGCAACAGUGACAUGAACAUGAGCAACGUGAGCGACAUGAACGACGUGAACAUGAAUGACGUGAGCGAAGUGAGCAACAUGAGCAAUGUGAACAUGAACAACAUGAGCGAAGUGAACGACGUGAACAUGAACAACAUGAGCGGCAUGAGCUACGUAAACGACGUGAGUGAUGUGAACAUGAACAACAUGAGCCACGUGAGCGACAUGAGCAAUGUGAACAUGAGCGACGUGAACAUGAACAACAUGAGCGAAGUGAACGACGUGAACAUGAACAACGUGAGCGACGUGAACGACAUGAUUGAUGUGAACAUGAAUGACGUGAACAUGACUCACCAGCCUCUGAUCUUUUUCCAACAACUUCUUUUACAAUAUUAUUUUUCUGUUUUACCUGAACCCUCCUGUUGCCGCCCUGGUGGAGAAAAUCAGGCCUAACAUCAUAAAUGUUUGCUUCGGUCUUUACCUUCACAAAACUCAAAGUGAAGACGCUCUGAUAAAAGAGCGGACUGUGCCUUAUAACCACCGCCACCACCGCGGACACCGCCACCACCAGAAGAAGAAGAAGCACAUCACUCUGAUCUCUCUCUCAUCGUCUUCACCAACGAAUGCAAAGACCUUCAGCUCCAUCAGAGCGCCACCUGCUGUCAGAACCUGACUGCCACUGAUUCGUCACAUGACCAAAAACCUUGUUUAUUGACGUACAUAUUUGUUUAACUGGUUAAAAAAACAAACUUUCUAAAAUUUAAAAAUGUAUUCUCUCACAAACUUAUCAGAAGUUGUACUUCACCAUGUUUUCCAGCUCCUCCCACGAUGAUUGCGAUGUUUUAACAUUAAUAAAGAUUUUCUGUUUUCUAA